GUCGUCAUUUCCUGUUGGUGCGGCUUUUGAUGUUGGGGUUUGUUGCGGCGGCCGAGUGACGGAGCCGGCUUUAGGUAGCGGCGGUUGCCGCCUGCUCCUCAUCGGGAUCACCAUGAAGAAUCCAAGAAGGAUCUUGGCAUACAAGAGCCAGGAAUGAUCUGGAGAGUGACUGGUGGACUUUACAGUAUCACAAAGGGAGCGGUAGGUGCAACACUUGGAGGUGUGGCUUGGGUUGGAAGCAAAAGUCUGGAGCUGACCAAAACAGCUGUGACCACUGUGCCAGUGGCAGGUGCCGGCUUGGUGAAGGGAAGUGUGUCAGCAGUGACCGGUGGAGUCAGCGCUGUAGGCUCAGCAGUUGCCAGCAAGGUUCCUUUUACACCCAAAAAAAAGGACAAAUCUGAUUGACUGACUAAGUUUUUAGGGUACGUGUUCCUUUAAAAAAAAAACAUCAUGACUUAAGUAUACCUGGGCAUGCUUAGAUACUUGUACAUGCUUGGUAUUUUUUUAAAGGGGCAACCAAGUGAGUUUUGUGUUUCUGGAAAACUUUGCUCCCUGCCUGACCUCAUCACCAGUGCAAUUCUCAUGUCAUAUCUUUUCACUGUAUGCUGUAAAUGACAAACUGAGCCAUUGGUUCCAUGCUACAGUCACCAUUGAUAAAGUAUAGCAUUGUUUCUGGGCUUCUGACAUAAACAUUGACAGCAUCAAAAUUGACAGUAAUCACACCAUGCAUAAAGAACAUGCCCAGUGAUGAUUCUUUCAACUGAAAUGUACAGAAUUUUUUUUAGAGAGGGCAAUGAAACAUUUGUUGCCAUCAAAAGAAAAAAUGAUUUCUCCUCUCUGCCACCAGUGUAUAUAUGUAUUGGUUCCUGCAGCAUUUUAUAUGCUUGUUUUGUUCCUGUUGAUGAUAAUGGGGCUAAUUUUUAGUAUUCUGACUUUUUUGCUUUUUAUCAGUUUUAAGCAGGACACGAUCGGGCGAAUGUUGCUUCAAAUGUAUCAGUGGCAGAUAAGUUUGAAUAUUGUAUUGGGUAAAGUUAGUAUCCAGUCUUUAAAAGUAUUUCCUACUUGCAGCAAGUUAGCUUUUUGCUUGUUUGUACUAUUUUACAUGCCUAACUAGCUCAGCACUGGGAGCAACAUGCAACACUAUAAUGCUUUGGCAUAGGUUACAUGUUGGCAUAGCCUUAUUCUUCACUAUAGUUUGACUACUGUACCUUGCUAUAAAUGACUGGCUCAGCAGGUUAUUAGAAUAAAAUGUUGACUAUGACCCCAUUUGUGAUUUGUGCUGUUUCCUUUCUGUUGUGCUUCACAUUUGCCUUUGUCACUUUUUUUCUGUACACCUGAUAUUUCUGUAAUGUUUAUGUAUUAAGACUGAAACAGAAAAUUGAUUGCUGUUGACCAAAAUGCAAAAUAUUUAGUUUUUGUCUAUAAUAGAACUAUUUUUGCAAAUGUGACACCUGAAAGCAAUGAAUUAGACUGUAAGUCUGUAUUUUAAUGGAAAUAAAGUUUGAAAAUCGCCAA